CCUAAUCCCCUAAAUGGGCAAACGGCAGCAACCCUCCUUCAAGUCUUUCUCACCUUAUCUGCUCUUCACACCGUAGUUGAAGAAAACCUCACCUCACAUCAACUCACCGCCGGCCUGUCGUCUUCUUCAUCUCGCCGGAGAUGGUGCGCCUCCAAUGACAUCUCAACCUCACCUCACCGUCGCGUUUUGGGUCGCAAGCCGUCCCCUUCGUCGCGGCUCCUUGCUCCGCGGCUCCACGUCGUCGUCUUCGUCGCCGUCAUCGCGUCCUCUCCGUCCUCUGCGUCCUCUCUCGGACUAUCGGACAGUUUGUGCUUGUUUCGUUGGCUGGGUGGGACAAGUUCUUCACUAGAGGCAAGGGCAACAAAGAAGAGAAAGUUGGAGAAGCACCAAACAAGGCUUGAGGUUGUUACUCCAUAGAAGCGAUAUACCAGUUGUUUAAUAAGUUGCCCUACUUAGAGUUAGUUAUAGGAAUUUCCCAUUUUAUCCUCCAAAAUAUUAAAAGAACCAGACAAAGCAAAAGAAAGCCAGAAGUUCCUAUGGAGGAGACGAAGGUGGUGACGCUGAAGCCAAUCGAAGCAACUCCGUCGACCUUCAAAGACUACGGUCAGGUCAUCGAGGCUUCGCCGGACGGCGACGAGUUCGGCCCCCAUGAUGCUCAGUUGGACCUUUCCAAAGGGAUUCCCAGGUUCCCUUUACCAUCACCAAUUUUUUACUCUCUAAUCAAGCUUCAAUUUUUAUCAGUUCACAAGUUUUACAUCAUGCAUAUCGAAAAUCGUCCGCUGAAGUUUUCGAAUAUUACACAUCAUGCAAGUGUGACACAAUGCCUUGGUUCUAUUGGUGGCCAUGCUUGGUAUCUUGGAGUUGCUAAGCCAUCCAUUGUUGAAUCGGACGAACUCAAGGAUAACACCGGAAAGAAGAUUGUGCAAUCACGAUGUGGCCAUUCGUACGUGCCUCCUGCCAUUGAUGAUGUCCAAAUCUUCAAGGUUUCUGGCUCCAAAUUUCUUAAGCUUAAUCGCGGGACAUGGCAUGCUGGCCCUAUAUUUAAAGAAGAUGCAAUGGACUUCUACAAUCUGGAAUUGAGCAAUACAAAUGUGAUUGAUCAUACCACACACAGCUUCAAGAAAGAUAAUGGAGUGGUCUUUUUGAUCGAUGAUUAAUAGCAUAGCUUCCUCAAAGCAUUUCAACUGAUUAUGUAUAAUGUGUAUAAUGUAACAAGAGUAUAAUACCACUCAUGAUACUGUAGUACAAUUUAUGAAAUUUUAGUAUUGUGCUUCAAUUGGUGUUUCCAUUUUACAUGAGCAAAUGCUUUCCUAUGAGGUUGUUGACUAUUUAAAUAAGAGUAUAUUCUGAUUUGCCAUCAAUAAACACUGAGCUUGUC